AUGGCCCAAGAUGGCUGGCACAGCAGUGGUGGGAAGGCUCGUCAGCAAUACCACGACCCGUGCCCGCACUGCAGGUACCGCUGGAACUUCAAGAACAACCACUGGUGCUACCAGUGCACGGGGGCCCUGGUGUCGCAGCCUGAUGGUUCGAAGCGGCCGAUUGGGCAGUGGGCGUUUGGGCCUCCGCAGUUCUCGAGCUCGCCGUUCCAUGUUCAGCCUGCUGGGUCUCCCUUCACCGACCCGACGCCGGCGCAGGCGGCUGCGGCAGCCGCCACGGGCCCAGGCAAAUGUCGUGGCAAGAAGGGUGCUCCUCCGCCACCUCGGGGGAAGGCCAAGGCGAAAGCCGCCUCCCCCGCGGGCCAUGUUGACAGGCGUCCGUGGGUAUAUCACCAGGGCUGGUACCCGUACGGUGGCGCGUCAGCUCCGCCCGAGCCAGGCAAUCCGAUGGCGGCCCUGCGGGCCAAGCUUGGCGACGACGGCACGGAGGCGCCGGCAGCAGUGGAGGCGCUCCUCGCCAAGAAGGAAGCCCCGCCCCCUGCUGCACCGCGGCAGCCGCUCCUUGAGGACGUCUCCACCAAGGGGGUGGCGCACCGCCGUGCAAAGUCCUGGCUCGAGCGCUGCUCCCUCAAGGUCCUGGAGGGGGAGGCCUGGCUUCAGGAGGCGCGUGAUACUGAGGACCUUGCGGCCACGGCGGCGGUCGAGGCCAAGCGCUCGUGGGAGGAAGCCUGCGCGAAGCAGCUCCCGCAACCAGUGUCGGCGCCACCCGCUGCUGCUGGGGCAUCGUCGCUCAACCUGUCCACGCUCCUGGGCGAGGACAGCGAGGUCGAGGGGCUCACCAUCGUCGACGGCCCAAUGUUCAGCACGGAGGGCCUCGACCUCGACCCCGCGGACCUGCGCGAGUGGGAGCGGGUCAAGUCCAACCUUGCGGCUGGCAUCAAGGCCGAGAUCUCCAAGGCGCUCGGCUCGUCAGUUGAGCAGCUCGCCGCUCUUCGAGCGGAGGCCAAGCAGGCGGAGUGA